AUGGCAGAGCAAUGCAAGAUUUCUGCUGCCAUGGUAUCUGAGGAAAGGUCGUACGUGCUCAAGGUAGAUGGAUACUCCAGAGCCAAAGCUCUACUCAAGAGCGGCCAGUGCGUGAAUUCUGACCUUUUCAGUGUUGGAGGCCACGACUGGGCCGUGGGAUAUUACCCAAACGGUGACGAUGAUGAUUGUACCGAUUUCAUAUCUCUUUUUCUAAGUUUUGAAUCUGCCGUCGCUGAAGAUGUGAAGGCGAAAUUCACGUUCAGUGUACUUGACGAGAAUGGAGAACCGGUGCCUUCAUACAGCCAUACGUUCCCUUUGGAUACCUUCUUAAGCAAAGGUGAUAACUUGGGUUGCCGUAACUUCAUCAAGAAGGCUGAUCUGGAGGCAUCGGCGCAUAUAAGAGACGACAGUCUUACCAUCAAGUGCGAUCUCACCGUCAUCCACGACGAAGAAACAAUUGUUCCUCCAAGCAACCUGCACCAGCAUCUUGGUGACCUCCUAAACAGCAAGGAUGCAGCAGACCUAACCUUUCAGGUCGGUGGACAGAGUUUCUCGGCCCAUAGAUGUGUCCUCGCUGCUCGGUCAUCAGUCUUCAAGGUGGAGCUCCUCGGCCCCACGGAGGAGAGUUAUGCAGCUAGUCCUAUUGAAAUCCGUGACAUGGAAGCAGAUGUGUUCAAGUCGUUGCUCCAUUUCAUAUACACCGACACAGUUGCUCCUGUGCUUGAUGUGGUGAUGGCCGGCCAUCUACUUGUUGCGGCUGACAGAUACAACAUUGGCAAGCUGAAGAUGAUAUGCGAGGAGAAAUUGUGCAGUCACAUUGAUUCCGGCAUGGUGGCAACUAGUUUGGCAUUGGCCGAGCAGCAUGGUUUCCAUGCUCUCAAAAAAUCUUGUUUAAAGUUCCUUGCUUCUCCGUCCAAUUUGGAGGCGAUGAUGGUGAGUGAUGGGUAUGAGCAUCUGAAAUCUAGUUGCCCAUAUGUUUUCAAGGAGCUUGUAGCUGGAAUCCUCCCGGCUGAACUGAAAGCAGCAAAGGAUAUUAUCAUGACAAUGUGGAGGUAA